AUACAUUGCUUGGUUAAACUGCUUUACACGAACUGCGAUUGAAGUUGCACUCAGAAGUCAGAACGUACCUCGCUGUGAGCGCCUCCUGCCCUGCCCAUCUCGCUCACACUGCGUGAACAUUUAGGUGAGCUUAGGAGCCGCAGUAAUGGCUUGUACCGACUAGAUCCUUGCCAACCGUGUCAGUCGUUAAGUCCGUGCAACUGCCAGGUGGUUGGUGGUCCGCGGAAACGCGAGGCACGCAAACAAGCAAGAAUAAUAGUAUUCAGAUCAUCAUAUGUAAUGCCGGAAAUGCCUUGUAGCCAAGGUGCGCUGCGCCGAGGGACGAGUGCGAUGCAUGCCAAUGUCAUCACGCGACAGCGAAUACAAACAAGAUAGUGAAGAGCAACCCAUAUCCUGACAUUCAUAAACGAGCACUCAAAAAUCAUGAGGGGACACGAGGUCGGCGCCGCGAGCCCCAGCGCGAGCCCCCGCCCAGCCCGCUCCACGAGCAGCCUUCCCAGCGAUGCUGAGCUGUUUACGAGCAUGAUUCAUAACGCUGAUAUAGAGUUGGUCUUUAAAGGGGGCAAGCGGCUGCUGGUGCACUCGGCCGUCCUGUCCAUUACUUCGGCCCUGCUCGCUGGCCUACUAAGCGACCUUGGCGAGGGCCUUGGCAUGACGGGCGCGAAAAUGCUGAACGGCUCCGGGCCCCUGCAACUGCACCUGCUGGACGACGACCCGGAGGAGUGGCGGGAGCUGCUGCCGCUGCUGUACCCCCGCAUGAACGUGCCGCGCCUCAGCUGGGUCGAGGUGCGCCGUGUGGUGGGCAUUGCGCACAAGUACGACAUCACUCUCGUUCUGGGCGCCUGCGAACGCUUCCUGAACGGCGACGGUGACAAGGUGGCCCCCGCGGAGCUGUCGGCCCACCGUGCCGACCCCAACUACGUGCUCGCCUGGCUCGAGAUCAGCGAACGGCUGCAUUUUGACUCCCUUUAUGCCAGGUGCAUGAGCUUCAUCGGCAGCCGCUACAUGCCGCGCUCCUUUGCCAAGUGUGACUACUGCGGCAGCGCCGCCCCUCGCAGCCGCCGGGGCGGAAGCGGUGUUGGCAGCAGCAACCCCAGCGGCAGCGGCAGCCCCCACCACUUCCCGUAUACCUGCCACGACGACGGCUGCAGCUGCGCCUGCGCCAGCUGCGGGGGCUUCCGGACCUCCUGCCGCUGCGGUCCCGAACUCCCCCCGGCCGCUGAAAGCCGCCCCGUACCAUCGGAGGGCACUUCAUCCGCCAUCGGCAGCGCGUAUGCAGCGUCCGCGUCAGCUGCUCGCUACACCAGCUUUAGCACAGCGGCAGGCAGUCCAUUGCCGGCAGGGCUGCCUACCGGUCAUGGCAGCGGCACUGGCAGUGGAGGCGGCGGAGGCGAGAUGGGCAGCCGUGCGCGUGGUUACGCGCAGCCGCCGGGAUCCUAUGCUGAAAUCUACGCGUCAGCGCAGCGGCAGCUCCGCGAUCGCUAUGGCGCCGCCGAGCGCGCAGUCGGGGAAGACUUCCUUUUACUUUAUCGUCGCGACGCUGCCGGGCCGCCGCCGCCGGCGGGCGCCGGGGCCGCUGCACCGCGGCAGCGCCACGCCGAGCCGCCGCCACCCACCGCCAUGGCAUACGCAGGACACCAUGCAGCAGCGGCUGCUGUGCAGCAACAGCAACAGCAGCAGCAGCCGCAGCCACAUCAACAACGCCAUGCGUCGCCGUACCCGACGGCCUGCUUCAGCCUGGUUCGCAGCACGGCGGCGGCGUACGGCAGCGGUGGCAGUGCAGCGGGGCGUGGGCCCGCCGGCGGGGGUGCAGCGGUGUACACGGCGGCGGGCAACGAGCGGCCUCCAUCGCCGCCGCGGGUGCUGGAGCUGGUGAAGGGCGACCGCGAGCGCCUGCUGGCGCUGUCGGGGCAAACGCUGGUGGAGCUGCUGGGAAUGGGCUCGCUGUAGAUACGUGCGGUGUGCGGUAAUAAUUGGCGGGGCGGUGAGGUUAGUUCUUGCGAUUUUCCGCCACAAACCGACCCCGGCUAUGUCCGGGAGAUGAGGCUAGUAUCGGAACCUUCGGCCUCAGACGGAGGACGUGGCGUGGGCUCAGCCCACUUUUCCCUUGCGAGGGAGAGCCACCUUUUCUUGUCCGCCAGACUCCGCCAGCCAUGCAAGAUAAGGUGCAAGAGUAGAAGUACGUACGGUAUACGGCACAUAAGGUACAUACCCCGUGCGUGAUCGAUGGCUAGAGGCUGUGUUCUGCAUGAACGGAUUGACGCCACGGGGCCCGCACGCUUGCUGCGCCUAACUGCACUGAUUCAAGGGGUCGACAGAAGGCUUCACCGCGUGUACAGCCAUGGUGGCCGCGCGCACAUGGGCCCGUUGCACAUGGGACAUGACACCACGUCCAUUCACGUUACAUAUGGCGAUGACAAUAUUAAUAUACAUGUACAUAAAGGGAGGUUAAGGUGGAGACUAAGGUAGAGGUCGUGGACCUGUGCAGUGAACUGCAGUGAUGAGUGAGGUGAGGGCCAGAGCGUUUCAUGGAAUUCCCGCGCGCAUGCUGCAGUCCAUGGUGAAGUUGGCGAACGAGCUAUAGGGGCUGCUGAACACGAUAAUUCUUGACACGACAAGCCUGGUCGUGGAUUAGCAGGAAGCUUGCGUGUUAUGGUCCUCGCGGCUUCUCCUUUGUGUGUUCCCUCCAGGGGCACCCCAGUGUGGAAGGCUAUCUUCAUUCGUGUUAGUCACGCCUGCAAAGUAUUUGUAAGACAGGAACCCA